AUAACUGGUGCAGGUCACAGAAUUGGAAGAAAAUUAGCAAUUGUUUAUGCGUCCUUGGGAGCAACAGUAAUAUGUUGGGAUAUCAAUAAAGAAACCAACGUGCAGACAAUGAAUAAAAUUAAAGAAAUGGAGAAAAGUUCAGUACAUGCUUAUCGAUGCGACGUAUCAGACAAAAAUGAAGUCUUUAAAGUGGUAGCAAAGGUGAAAAAGGAAGUUGGAGAUGUUACUAUUUUAAUCAACAAUGCCGGUAUUGCACCUCUUCGAACAUUAUUAAAUUACGACAUCAAUGAAAUUUCUCGGGUCGUGGAUGUUAAUCUUAUGGCGCACUGUUGGGCAAGUACGAUGAAAACAUUCCUACCAAAUAUGAUCGAAAGAAAUCACGGUCACGUUGUGGCAAUUUCAUCAGUGACAGCGUUACAUGGCAUCCCGCAUGGAACGACCUACUGCACUACAAAAAUUGCAAUCCGAGGUAAUCAGAUUCAUUUCCAUUACCGAUGA